CGUCUUUAUAGAAGAGGAAACUCUUCUCGCUUUAUACGAAAACUUCGUUUUACAUUCAAAAGAUCGAAAAACAUAGAUACACACAUACAUCGUUUUGCAUAAUAAGUCGUUUUUGUCUUUAAAAAGAAAUCCUACUCAAGUUAUAUGUGAACAACAAGUUUUACAUUAGAAAAUCAAAAAACAUGGGCACCCAAAUAGUUUUGUUAUCCGAUUGUUUUGUAUAAAACAUGGGAAGAGCCAUGAAUGGCAACAAGAUUCUUAUCAACCCCAAAGCAAAGGCAUGUGUGUGAGUUGUCACCAACCACAAAGCCCACCAUAACUCCGAUUGGGCUACUGCGUUGACGAAAGAUUUCACAUUGAAAAUUGAAUCUGUAACCCUAUUCUCAAAAAUGGCAAAAGAAUAUCUUACCCCGAGUAUUUCUCUCUCUCUCUUAGGACCUGUCGCCUCAAGAUAAGAGGAGCAAUCAAUCGAAACGACGCUCCCUGCACAAGCCUACAAGUUUCUUCUUCUUAAACCUUCUCCCUUUCGGGAUAUAGGAGAGAGAAGAAGAUUCUUUGUUUCUCCAAUCUGGGUUUUGGAGAACAAUUAUCAGAUACCAAUACUUACAUAUGAGAUAUUAGGUUAGAGAUUCGAUUAAUUGGUUAACUUUUUUUUGAGGAGAAAAAUAUAGAAAAAAAAAGAUACGAUGGAACACCAAAAUUCAGUAUCGUCAGUAACCACAACGACGACGGAGCCUUCUUACGCGACUAUGGCGGUGGAUCCUUUCUUGGUUGAGGCUCUCCAGAACCCUCGUCAUCGUCUCUCCAUUCUUCGAAUGGAACUUGACAUUCAGAAGUUCAUCCAGAACAAUGAACAACAUCAAUUCGAAUUCCAACAUUUCCCCUCAUCCUAUCUUCGCCUUGCAGCCCAUCGUGUGGCCCAACACUAUGGGCUUCAAACCAUGGUUCUUGAUAACUUCACAGAUGGUCAAGGGACCCGGAUUUUGGUCAAGAAACUACCCGAAUCCAAACACCCUUCACCCUGUCUAUCCGAUAUCCCAAUCAAACAGUCUGAAAACGAAAAGAAAGAUGUGAAAAUUGUUCUAAAGCCAAGGCCAAAAUCGUCUUUUGAUGGGUCAAACGAUCAGGGAAAGAAGUGUAAUUUGGUACGUAGCGUCGAAGAAAGGAAAGAGGAGUAUGAUCGGGCACGUGCCCGGAUUUUUAGUACUCCGGGCAGCCCUCAAUCAGAAGGUACUACAGAUGGAGAUGAUUACGAAGGUCCUAGAAGCUUCACCAUUGAUGGAAAUGGAAAUACUUCUCGUGUAGCCAUUCUUAGGGACAGAGAGAAGGACUUAACUGAUCCAGAUUAUGACAGGAGUUAUGACAGGUACGUAAGGAACCUUCCUAUGGGGCAAGGGGUUCAACUUGUUUCCGCCUUUGAGUCUCCCAAAGUUCCAACCGCCUCCGCCAGGAAUUCAGCCAUGAAUAAUCAAUACGCUGUUGUUGGAAUGAAUCAACACAUUUCAAGGGAUGCUGCUGUCUACAUGCAAUGGCCUUCUCAUUCAAUGAUGUAUGCACACACAUAUGAUCAGUUUAGACAUGCGGUUUUUCAGCAGGCACCAUUUUGUCAGCAGCAGCCCUUGAGUUUUGAUUACUCACAAAACCGUUAGGUUUGUUGUAUUGGAGGUAAAAGGUUGAAUUGGAUGAAAAAUCGAUUUUGUUUGUGUUAGGAAUUUUAAUGUUGUUAAUGAUGGAACUUUUGUUUGUGGAAUACAACCUUUAUGUUCUUUUUGUUUUAUGCACCUAUUAAAUAUUAAUACAUUACAUUACAUUACUCCUGUCUAAUCUUUCAGCUUCACAGCUACUGUGCCAAAAUUUUGUUAUUGUUUGUAGUGAAGUUUUGUGAAUGUCGGUUGAUUUUUAUUGUGUUUGAUAAUGUGCCAAAAUUUUGUUAUCAUAUGAUCAAAUGUUACAAUAACAUUGUGUUGGG